AUGGAACACGAUAAACCGCUUUCUGAACCAAUUCACCGCGUCGAGGAUGCCAACAACCACGGCUGGCAGAAGGUCACCUACGCCAAAAAGCAGCGCAAAAACUACGCUGAUAAAACGGCGCCGGAUUCGUCAUCCAGGAUCGUCCUUCCCAACGGAUCCGAUAAAGGCAGCGUCUUUAUGGGCUUGGAGAAGCACGCAGAGGAGCGUCGCCGGAAAUUGGAGGCGCAGCGGGCUGCUGCAGCCGUUUUUGACGACGACGAUCAACUUCAGGUGAGAUCGAGUAGGAAUCGGGGUGAAGAUAACGAUUUCGAGGACGAUUAUGGCAGUGGCGAUGCCAAGGAGAACAACCCGCCGGAGGCCAAUAAGAAAGAGAAGCCGAAGAAGGUUAAGAAGCCUAAGGUCACGGUGGCCGAGGCCUCCGGCAAGAUCGAUGCCGAUGAUCUCGCUGCUUUCCUGUCAAGUGUUUCUGAAUCGUUUGAAGGGCAACAAGAUAUUCAAUUGAUGCGAUUUGCAGAUUAUUUUGGUCGUGCAUUUUCGGGGGUGAGUGCAUCACAGUUUCCAUGGCUCAAGUUGUUCCGGGAGUCUGCCGUGGUGAAAAUUGCUGAUGUCCCUAUUUCUUAUGUUUCUGAGUCUGUUUACAAGAUAUCAGUUGAGUGGGUUAGUCAGCAUUCCAUCGGGGCAUUGGGGACAUUUGUGUUGUGGUCGUUGGAUGCCAUUUUGGCUGACCUGGCAACCCAACAACUGGGAUCUAAGGCCCCAAAGAAAGGAGGUCAACAGCCAUCUUCAAAGUCUCAGGUUGCCAUGUUUUUGGUUUUGGCUAUUGUUUUACGCCGAAAACCUGAUGUACUGGUCACUUUAUUGCCAAAAUUGAGAGAAGACUCCAAGUACCAAGGACAGGAUAAGCUUCCACUUCUGACAUGGAUUGUUCUUCAGGCCUCUCAAGGAGAUUUAGCUCUAGGACUGUACUUAUGGGCACAUCUUAUUUUACCAAUACUUGGAGGAAAAUCUGGGUCUAAUCCACAGACCAGGGACUUGGUUUUGCAGCUUGUUGAAAGAAUUCUGGCGGCACCAAAAGCUCGUGGUAUAUUAGUCAAUGGUGCUGUUAGAAAGGGGGAACGCCUAAUUCCACCUGUGGCGCUUGAGCUACUGUUACACCUGACUUUUCCUCCAACUUCUGCAAGACUUAAGGCUACCGAAAGAUUUGAGGCGAUUUAUCCAGUUCUGAAAGAGAUUGCUCUUGCUGGUUCUCCUGGAAGUAAGGCUAUGAAACAAGUAUCACAGCAGAUACAGACUGUGGCUGUCAAAGCAGCUACAGAAGGGAUCCCUGCACUUUAUCAGGAAGCAACAAGCAUCUUCUUAUGGUGUUUGACUCAGAGUCCGGAUUGCUAUAAGCAAUGGGACAAGAUUUACGUGGAUAACAUAGAGAUUAGUGUUGCUGCCUUGAGCAAACUUUCUGGCGAGUGGAAGACACUUUCUUCCAAACAGUCUUCUCCUCAAGCACUUGCUGAGACCCUCAAGAGUUUCAGGCAAAAGAAUGCACAAGCACUGAGCGGCGGAACAGAUGUUGGUCGCCAAACUUACUUUAGGGAAGCAGAUAAAUACUGUAAGACGAUACUCGGGAAACUGUCAAGUGGUCACGGGUGCUUAAAAACGGUGGCAUUUACUGCAGUUGUGCUGGCUGUGGGGGCUGCAGUGGUGACCCCCAAUCUGGAUGCAUUGGAUUGGAAUAACUUGAACAUUCAGCGCCAUCACAACCUAAGCGAACACCCAAAUGCAAGAAGAAGCCACGAGAAUAACAGUCCAACAAAAUGGAUUGAGGAAAUCUCUAAAUGGGCUAACUAG